CUUUAACCCAGCACGUGCCUCUCAGGAAAACUAAGCAGUGCAUGGACGCUGACGCACCCCGAGGAGAAGAAAUUGCCUGCGUCUCGGGCGAACGCGUCGGAGAAUGGGGACGGCGUUUCGGCACCCAAGGUCGUCGAAACAACGAACAGCCCGCAGAACGCGGACCCAAGCGCCCUUACGUCCUGACAGAAAACGAAGGGGAUAAGGUGCCAGCGUCCAGCGUCGAGGAGCCGCCUUGUAAAGACAACUCAAGCCAGACGGGCCAGUCUCCGGUAGCGACCUAACGUUUCGUCUGAGAGGCGAACCGGCGAUACUGCACAUACGUUGCAAGGUUGGGAGCCUGCACCGGGUAGCUCCGGCAUCAACGAAGGCGUCUAGCCACCCGCUAGACGUUAAGGGUUCCUUGUCUACAGUGGGACUACGACCCGCGUACGGCGCAAGAGAGCCUGGUGAGCCGCUGGGACCUCGUCUGUCACCGGCGGCCACUCGUCGGCUUGGCCAAUGCGGUCUACAGUGCCGGUGCCCUGGUGGCCAUGCUCGCAGCCGGAUACGUGGCCGACCAUGCAGGGCGCAAGCUCGUCAUCCAGUUGUGCGUGGGCAUUCUGCUCGCCACCACCAUGGGAAUCGCCUUUGCCGACAGCUACGCGAUGUACGUGACCACGCGCUUCAUCGAUUCCGCCGUCGUCACUAGCGUCUUCGUGAUUUCCUGUGUCCUUCUCUUCGAAGUGUCUUCGCACGAUCACAGGCAUGUGCACACGAGCGUCGCCAUGGGCGUGGGUGUGACGCUUGCGGACAUAUGGUUCAAUGUGCUGAAGCAGGUGCACACCGGCUGGCGAGUCCGGCAGGGUGCCAUAUUGGCGCCGACUGUGCUCUUAACGAGCGCCUUCUUCCUGGUCGAGGAGUCGCCCCGAUGGCUCGUCUUCAAGCAGGGAAUCAAGGCCGCCGAAGUCGCCACGUUCGCUGCAGCCAAGAUCAACGGCUUCUCUCUGCCCACAACGGCGGCCAUGAUGGUUAAGCUCAAAGACGAGAUGUUGAGGAACCAGGAGGCGUUGCUACAGAGAACGCCGUACGUGGCGCGUGAUGCCAUCUCUGUCCAACGCAGCCUGUUCGUCAUGAGCAUCACCUAUGCCUCGGUCACAUUCGCCCUGUACACCUUCCUCAAGUCGCCAGUGCACAAAAGUGACGCCUGGGCGCGCUGGAUGGCCGUGAUCUUUCAAAGUAUGUGCUACGCUCUAAUGGCCAGGGCUGUCAAGCGGUUUACACGGCGCCAGGUGGCCACCGCCUAUUUCUUGGCGCUCGGCGUACUAGGCCUGCUCACGAGCGCAACCAUGAGCAGCGCAAAUUAUUUGCCCGCUCUUUUCGUACCGCUGUGCUACUCCCUGACCAAGGCUUGCGCGUUCGUGGCGCUGACGGUGAAUUUCUGCUAUGGCUUGGAGCUCUUCUUGACCCCUGUGCGCGGCGUCGCGAUGUGCUGGAUGUUCGCGUGUGGUCGCACAGGCUCCGUGGCGGCGUAUCUCCUGUCGGCGCUGCCAGAUAUUGGCAUUGAGAACAUCGAGCUAGCGAUCAUGGCGGUGCUAGCUUUCCUUUCAGCCUUAAUACUGCAGAGCCUUCUCGAGGUCGUCAGCCAUGCAUCCCUUUCUUGCACGGAGACAACGAGAGUCAGCGUCGGUCGAGACGGGAGCAAGCUAGACCUGGAGCACAUGAAGCUGACUUUGACGACCUCGCUGUACGAAAAGAUAAAGGCGGGCAAGAAGCACGACAAAGUCUCUGUCAAACCGAGCAGAAGACCAAGUGUAGCGAAGUCGGAAACUUCGAGAAGUUCGAAAACGAAAUUUUCGAGAACUGUGGAGUAGACAUUGAUUGACAAACUAUUUUUUCAUUGCGUUUCGCGGGAUCUACGGUCGCUUGAUGACUGACGUUCGAUCUUUUUAUUAAGGUGCCACGAAGCUGAUCACUUUGGUGUCAGGUUUCAAGUGUUUUAUUUUAAGUGUGCCUGAACAGCGCGAAUUGUUCGAAACAUUUAUGUUGGGACCCUUCGCUGGUGUAGUCGUGCUUCACGAUUAUUUAAUGGCGGAUCAGCUUUCAAUGGCGGCAUAAUACUGAUUUACUCACGUAUACAAAUAAAAUCGCCAGGUUCUAAUUGCACACCACUA